AAAAUAAUCUUGCCACACUGCCGAUCAGCCGGAGUUUGAUAGCUGUCAUACGGCAUAUGGUCAAAAUAUUGCAUUGUUUUGUUCUGCAGCACCAGUGAAAAGCCAGCCGAAAAAUGUCGAAUUUGAUAAUAAAUGGUCUAUUACAAUCGCGCAAUCCGCUGCUUACGUUUCGCCGGUUCCGGGGAAAGAUCAACAUCCAGCGACCGCGGCCACCGCAUUACGAAAGAGCUCGUGUGCUCGAGGUGAUAAAACCGUACUACAAAAAGCCAGACUUUAACGCACCAUGCGUUGAUGCCGAACGAGCGAAGGAAAUGAAAAGCAAGCUGGACAAUCCGUACGAAACCAUUAUUGCGCGAGAGGCGCGGAACUGGUUCGAACACAGCAACCUCGUCGCAUUCGUCCAUGUGAACUCGAUCAAGCAGGAGGAUAUGUUCAAGGCUCAGGUGGCGCUCCAUCGGCACAACGUCUCGGUGAAGGUGUACGGUAAAUCGAUAAUGCGAAAAGCCGUUGCAGACACGCGGUUUGAAGCGAUAUUGCCACUGUUCGAAGCGAAAACCGCCAUCAUCUUCAGCCCGGAAGUGCAAAAGAUUAAACAGGUGCUGAGCGUGCUCAAGAAGACGCCCCAACUAGUACUGAUGGGCGGUAUUGUGGAAGGAAGGCUGCUGAGCAAAAAUGAGUUCAUGGCUUACGCUACCAUGCCCGACAUUACGACGGUUCGUGCGCAGUUUGCCGCCGUGCUGGACAGUGUCGGUGGCAAGAUCGUGGGAGAUCUGCAAUGUCACCAGAGCCAGUUGGUAAACCUGUUGGAUGCGUACGCGAAGACCGAUUCAAAACCCAGCGAAGCAAGUCCAGCUGUUGAAAAGGUGGACAGUUGAACGGUGAGGCAUUUAGAUUGAAUAAGUAACUAGUUGAACGAGAUGAAGUAAACGUCUUUAUGAGUUAAUUCAAA